AUGAUAGCAAAUGGCAAGUUAUAUACCAAAGACAGGCUGAGUAAAUGGGGAAUACAAAUUGAUCGGGAGUGCGUUCUGUGCAGACAAGCAAGUGAAACUAUUCAGCAUCUAUACUUUGAGUUCUCAUAUGCAGCUGAAUUGUGGGGGAAUCUGCUAGCUUGGCAAGGGAUAAAAAGACCAGUAUAUAGAUGGGCUGAGGAACUAGCAUGUGUUGAAAAAUGGCUGAAGAGGAAAAAUGCAACAACUAAACUAUAUAAGAUGACACUAGUAGCAUGUGUAUACUAUGUGUGGCAAGAAAGGAAUACCAGAUGCUUCCAAGCUAAAGUGAGACGAUGGGAGAUACUUGGCAAGAUGAUUAUACAGGAAAUACAUUGUCGAAGCAAUAAGAAUAUGGAAAAAGCAUUAAGUAGACUGGAUCUGUACUCUAUGUAA